AUGCCGUGCUUCGCCGAGGUCCCCACGGGCUGCCCUCGCCGCUGCCUGAUCGCGCGGUCGCAGGCGGCCACCGGGCGGCCUCGGGGGCCUCAGCCCCAGGGACUGCUGGGAGCUGUAGGCUGCCGCGUGCCGCCGCCGUGGGUGCCGCUCGCCGCGGCGGGAGUUUGUCACCCGGAGCCGUUCCGCCAUUCUCAGCGGCCCGGAGGGGACCAAGCCGCAACCCUGAGACUGAUCAGGAGGGCAAUGAGCACGGCGGGGAGCAGGAGCCGCGGGACCCCCGGGUUUAUCCAUGCCGACCCCCGCCCCCUGGCUCUCCCCCGCGUCACCGAUAAACACUGCAGGGCGGUGCCUCCCAGUGUCCAGGCCGUGGAUUGGUGGAGGCGGCGGGGCGCGAUGGGCUGGGGCCGGGCGCUGCUGUGCGGAGCGGCGAUAGUGGUGCGGGGCGCAGCCCGCAGCAUGUGUGCCCAGGCGGAGGACUGGCGCUCGGCCAAGGCCAUCUAUGACUUUCACGCCCUAGACAUCGACGGCAACGACGUUUCCUUGGAGAAAUACCGAGGCGAUGUCUGCAUCAUCACCAACGUGGCUUCCAAAUGAGGGAAGACCCCGGUAAACUACACUCAGCUUGUUGAUCUGCACGCCCGAUACGCUGAGAGGGGUUUACGCAUCCUGGGCUUCCCCUGCAACCAGUUUGGAAAGCAGGAGCCCGGGGACAACGCUCAGAUUAAGGCUUUUGCUGCGAACUACGGUGUGAAGUUCGACAUGUUCAGCAAGAUCGAUGUCAACGGGGACGGCGCCCACCCCCUCUGGAAGUGGAUGAAGGAGCAGCCCAAGGGCAGAGGCACCCUGGGCAAUGCAAUAAAAUGGAACUUCACUAAGUUCCUCAUUAACCGGGAGGGCCAAGUGGUGAAGCGGUACAGUCCCAUGGAGGAUCCCUACGUGAUUGAGAAGGACCUGCCUGCCUACCUGUAGUCCUGCUGCCCUCAUGCCUGUGCUGUGCCCUCGGCCCAGCAGCCCUCCUGCUGCCCCUGGAGCCUCCUCAGCCAGCCCCCAUGACGGUCUGCCUUCAAACCAGCCUGCUGGUGAGGCAAGACCUGAAGAUCCUGGCGUGCAGCUGCUGGGAGGAGGCUGCCCAGGGCCUGCAGGUGCUGCUGGGCUGCCCCUGCUGCAGGCACACAGCUGGCACCUCACAGCCCUCUGGCAAUAAAAGACA